ACGACUCUCCUCUGCCAGAGACGUGAGAUCCUGUCCCCAGUGCAGACGUGGCUGACCUGAGGAAGGCUGACCCAAGAUCCAGAGGAACAGACGUGGCGAGUCCGGACCUGUAUACCCGGAGAGGAACCGGAAGAAUAACAAAUUAUCCCCAGCAGAAAUAAUAGCACCAGGAACAGGAAACAACGUGUGGAUAACUCAAGGUAAAAAGGACUUGAAAUUAGUCAGGCUGGAGGAUAUAGCAUAAAUGUGUGUCAGGGAGGUGAUAUUCAUAAGGGCAACCCUCCUGACGAUUUGGCUAAUAGCUAUUGCAGUAUACAUAGUACUGCCAAUCUUAGAAUUUGUUUUUCCCUUCUGUAACAUCAUUUACCAAAGAAGCUACUCAUACAACAUAGUCAACAAUACCAAUCCUGGAUACGCUUCUGCAGCAUCCAGAACAGCCAACUUCACGGUAUGCUGGAUACACUAUCUGCACAGGAGGCAAUAAGAAUAGCAAAGGUGAUGUGCACAUUGAAGGCAAGCAAGCUAUAUGCUAUUGGAGCCUUUGUGUGCUCAUUUUUCUGUCUCAGGUUAGCAGAUGUGAUGGCAAUAACAGCAUACCAAUGCCAGCCCUAUUGGACAGUACACCCACAACAAACAGACCCACCACCACACCACAUGUUAUACAAGUGGGCACUAGGAAACAGAAUACCGUUGCUACACCAACAAUUUAUGAUCUAGAAGGCAAAUUACCGCUAUAUUGGUCAGCAGAGAGAAGAUUUACACAUUACAUAGGAAAAACACACAGUUUUUGGCAAAAAUAUGCAGCAUGUUUAACAUAUGCCUGGUAUAAGGGUUGCGAUCAAUAUAGAAUGGCACUUAGCAUAUACCAUCCAAACAAAGAAUAUAUGUUAGAAUCAGGGGAUGAUGUUAACACCAACAUACAUGAGCAGAACCCAUUAAAAUGCCAUUACAAUGAAUUAUGGACCAACAUUACCAAUCACGCAGCCAUAUACAACAUGUAUUGGACAAAGAAUUCACAUAUCAGAACAAACACAUUAAGGGUAAACUCACACUAUAGGACCAAUACAAUGGGAAUAGAGACAGAACCAGAAUUUGACUGCGAACUAGGCAUGAAUAGCUCCUUUGUGAGACAAUAUUUCGCACCAGUAAUAGCACAACAAAUGGAGGAGAUAGGUAUGCUGUAUAAUAAGACAUCAGAAAGGUGGGAAGAACAAGUGUAUAAUUACAAUGAUGACUAUUAUGAUGGUGAUUACCCUGCUAGUACAACACCUAAAGUAACUACAACACCUAUAAACCCAUGCAACCCUAUGAAUUGGACAGUAUGCAAUGAUGGUGAAAUGGUAAAACCAUGGCCAGUAGUAUCUGGAAUAAUACCAUUACCCAAACCCUGGGGAAAUAGAUGUCCCAAUAACUUAUGGAGAUACAUUCAAAAACAUAAGCUAGAUGUACCAGGACAAAAUAAUACUAACUGGUUAUGCGUAGCAGACUAUCCCAAUUUACCAUUCUAUGGUAACUUCUCUGUAUUAUAUAGCACAGAUAACCCAUCAGUAAAAGGAAAGGAAUGGAAAUGGGAUGACUGGACAAAAAUAUUGCAAUUAGGAGUAGAACAUUGGAGAUUCCCAAUCAUACUUACAGAUAUUAUACAACAACCUUGGGCUUCAAUGAGACACACAAUGAAACCUAAAUAUGAUUGCAACACAGACACCAUAACACACAUUUGCAUACUUACAGUAAAUUCCACAUUACACAGGGAAAAACACUCUUUUGCAUAUGCAUGUAUAAAUAUGUCCGAAGCAAAUACAAACAUUAGACAAAACAACAAUACAAAGACUAUAGUGGACCUACAUGUAGGACCUUUAUUUACUGGAAGAACAUCAAGGUCAGUACAAGAUUUAAUAGCAAUCACAGAUAUAAUAGGCCAGAAAAUACCAUGGCUAGGAAUUUUUGUGGACAGUACUGCAAAUAUAACAGCUACUAAACAGGUCCAGGCAAUAAUGAGAUUUAAUGACGACCAACAGUCAUAUCCAACAUAUUUUACGCAAGCAAGUAAUUUGGGAUUUUUUAACCUAACCUUAGCAAAAUCACUAACACAAGGUACCACAAGCUUGAGAAACAAAUUAUCAUGCUUUACCGAAACAAAUAAUACAGCGGUACGGACUAACUGUACCACAAAUAAAGCAACCACAAUAAUAAAUUUGAAUAUAUAUGGUAAAAUUACCAUAAUAAACAAACAUAUGUCACUAGUAAAAUUUGACAGCACACCAAUAUUAACCAUAGGCAUGAUACAUGAACCAAAACAUAAAAUACAUAACAUGCUAGGUGGCAGUAAGAUAUCAAUUUGCUGGUUUCACGAAUCUAAAGACUUACUGGACAUGCCCAUACCCUGGGAAGUCAGUGCCAAUGUUACUACAGAUGAAGUAGCAGCAAAAAAUAUUUUAAUAUUUAAUAGGGCAAUUGAACAAAAGGCAUACAAUUUCACAGGUAUAAGGGAGGUAGAAUAUAUCCCACCAUAUGUACAAAUGACAAAGGCUAUGAGAAUCAAUAAGGUUAUGGAUCCAGAUGAUCUAAUGGUACAUUAUAAAAAUGGGAUAACUAGAUCAGGGAGUUUUUGGCAAACUUUGGAUUAUGAAAUGGAUAGAGUAAUUGAAUUACAGCACCAUAAUCUCCCAUAUUAUUUCUACAUGUUAAUGCCAAAUCCACAAUAUAAAGAAUGGAAUAAGGCUGAAUGGGUAGCACACAAACCUAGAGGAUCAAUGAAAUCACAUACACAAUAUUGGGAUAAAAUAUAUUAUCUCCCGAUAUCAAGAAAUAAGGAUUUUCUCAGCGAACAUUUCAACACACCAUUAAUUAUAUUUAGAGGAAAUAUGACCAGACCAAAUAAAGAAAAUAUUGGAUUAUAUACAGCUCAUUUUCCAAAAGGAUACCUAAUACCACCAGAAGGAACCCCAACAGUAGUCAAGGCACCAGCUAUUAUACCAGACCUAAAAAGUCCAGCUAAAUUAGUUUUAUACCCUAGGAUUAGAAAAAUUGAAAUUACAAUAGAUUUGACAGCACUGAAACCACCUAUAGAAUAUUGUAGUGAUGUGAAUUUUAGAUUUGAUUUAGACUACUCAUCACCAACAAGAGUAGGAAGAAAACCACUACAAGCAAUGGCAGUAGCAGCCUUUAUGGCAGGAGCAAUUUUAGGUGGAAUAAUGGGUGGAGGAGUAUCAGCAGCAAUGAUAGAACCAAUAAAGGCAGAAAUAUACCACAUACAAGAAGUAAAUAAGAAAACAGCAGAAGCUUUAGCAGCUAUAUCAAAUUCUAUAGAUGGCAUGCAUACACUAAUACAAACUAUGCAAGGCGAGAUAAAAAUGUCACAAGACCUUUAUAAGGAACAAUUCUCCUAUCAAGCAAAACUUAUUAAUACUAACCAUAACAUGAUGAUGUGUCAAAUGUAUCGAACUCAAAGUCCAUUGACUUUCAAAGACGUGGCCAUCAGUUUCUCCAAGGAGGAAUGGGAAUGCCUGGACACAUCUCAGAGGGAUUUAUACAGAGAGGUCAUGUUGGAGAACUACAGCAACCUGGUUUCUGUAGGCCUUUCUGUAUCAAAACCAGAGCUAGUUACCUGUCUUGAACAGAACAAAGAACCCUGGAUCAUGAACAUAGGGGAAGUAGAAGGUAGAGACUCAGUUCUGUCAUUUUACCAGACCCAGGAGGUCUCCCAACAGAAGAACAAACAAGAUUCUUUACAGGAAGAAAAACCAGGCUUAUUUGAAACUAUUGGUCUUGACAUGUUACAUACAAGGAAGUUCUGGGAUUAUCAUGGUGACAACAGAGAAUAUGAGUCAUGUUGUUAUGAGAGUGAUGUUUAUGAAAAACAUGCCAAAGGCAUUAUUUAUGAAAAAUAUCAAGAACCUCUGGUGUGUCCAAAGAGAUCAUAUUCUGUGUCAGUUACAAGUUCAGAAUCAAAUGAUUAUAUAGAAAAAUAUUCACCCCAAGCAUGGGCACCUGGCUUUAUUCUACAUGGAUAUGUGAAAACUUCACAAGGGGACACACAGUGUAACACUUCAAAGUCUUUGCAACACUUUUCAAGUGUUGUGCAAUUAAAUGAUACUCCAGUAGUCCCUGAAGAAAGGAGUUCUUUAGGCACAGAAAAAUAUUUGAAUUGUCAGCAGUGUGGUAUUUCCUAUACUCAAAAUUCAGUAGAGGUUCCUGAACAAUUACUUCCACUAUAUGACAACCUCCAAAAUUUAGAUGAACAUAAAUAUUUUAGGAAUGAAAUGUGGCAUAAUAUGUAUCAUAAGGAAAGAAGUUGUGAAAAUUCCAAUAAAUUUACGGAUGUUGAUAAUGACCUUGCUAAGUUUUCUUUGGUAAAUAAUUACCAGAAUAGUCAGUUUGAAAUACCUGUUAGUGGAAAGAACUCAUGGACUUACUCUACUAAUGAUGUAAUUCCUAGUAAUUCUCACAUAAAUACUUGUUCAACAGUUAAUCAUUUUGAAAUCCAUGAACAUCAGAAAGUUUUUCAUAAGUACUCAAAUACUUCUUUGCACAAACAUGAACAUAGCCAAGAGAAGCACAGGACAAGCAAACACCAUGACCAAAUUCUUAAUGAAUUCUCAAACUGUAUUCAGAAUAAUGGAACUAGUACUCAAGAAAUUUAUGAGAGACUCAGAGGUGAUGCAUGUAAGAAGGUAACAAUUGAAUCCUCAAAUCUGGAGAUGGAUAAUAUGAAGCAUACAGGAAUAAAAUUUUGCCAGAUUAAAGAAUGUGAUAAAUUAUUUGAUUUCAAUUCAAAUAUCAUUCAGAAUGAUUCAAGUCACACUGCAGAAAAGAAACCACACAGAUGCAAUGAUUGUGGAAAGUCCUAUAGCAAAUUUUCAUACCUUCAUAUUCAUCACAGAAUCCAUAUGAGAGAGAACCCUUAUAAAUGUGAAGAAUGUGGAAAAUCCUUUAGGAAAAGUUCAUCCCUUAAAGUUCACCACAGAAUCCAUGUGGGGAAGAAACCUUAUAAAUGUGAUACAUGUGGAAAAUCCUUUACUAGGUGCUUAUCUCUUCAUGUUCAUCAGAGAAUUCAUACUGGAGAGAAACCUUAUAAAUGUGAUGAAUGUGGAAAGUCUUUUGUUAAUUCCUCCAAACUUCAAUGUCAUAGGAGAAUCCAUACUGGAGAGAAACCUUAUAAAUGUGAUGACUGUGGAAAGUCCUUUGUCCAGUCCUCCCAUCUUCAAUGUCAUAGGAGAACCCAUACUGGAGAGAAACCUUAUAAAUGUGAUGAAUGUGGAAAGUCUUUUGUUAAUUCCACCAAUCUUAAAUAUCAUAGGAGAAUCCAUACUGGAGAGAAACCUUAUCAAUGUGCUGACUGUGGAAAGUACUUUAGAGAUGGAUCAUCUCUUCAUGUUCAUCAGAGAAUCCAUACUGGAGAAAAACCUUAUAAAUGUGAUGAAUGUGGAAAGUCCUUUAUUAAGUCCUCCCAUCUUCAAUGUCAUAGGAGAAUCCAUACUGGAGAGAAACCUUAUAAAUGUGAUGAAUGUGGAAAGUCCUUUGUCCAGUACUCCAGUCUUCAAUGUCAUAGGAGAAUCCAUACUGGCGAGAAACCUUAUCAAUGUGAUGAAUGUGGAAAGUACUUCAGGGAUGGAGCAUCUCUUCAUAUUCAUUGUAGAAUCCAUACUGGAGAGAAACCUUAUACAUGUGAUGACUGUGGAAAGUCCUUUAUUAAGUCCUCCCAUCUUCAAUAUCAUAGGAGAAUCCAUACUGGAGAGAAACCUUAUCAAUGUGAUGACUGUGGGAAGUACUUCAGGGAUCGAUCAUCUCUUCAUGUUCAUCAGAGAAUCCAUACUGGAGAAAAACCUUAUAAAUGUUAUGACUGUGCAAAAUGUUUUAGGCAUGGCUCUUCUCUUAGUGUUCAUCAGAGAAUCCAUACUAGAGACAAACCAUAGAAAUAUUAAAAAUGUAUUGUCUUUUACCCUUUGCUUUCUAUUAAUGUUCAUCAGAGAACUCACAUCUGAGCCAAGCCUUAUAAAUGUAAAGAUGGUGAAAAUUUUUUAACCAAAUCCUCAACACUUCAUCUUCCCUGAACUCAUUCUAAAGAAAAUAUUUACAAAUAUGAAGAAUGUGGAAAAAUACUUCUCAUGAGCUCUCACCUUAGAAGACAUCAGAAAAGUUAUAAGAAUCUUAAAAAAACUAUAAUAAUUAUUAAAUGUAUUUCAGUAUCACUAUAUUUAUGCAAUAAAAUUUCCUUCAAAAUGUAUGGAAUAUACAAAAUCUUUGAUCAAUAUUCACUCCUGAUUCAACAUCACAAACAUCACUUUAGGAAGCUCUACCAUUGAUGUGAAUUUGAAAGUGUUAAUUCAGGAGUAGACCUUAUAAUUACUAAAUGCUUAUUGAAACAUUUGCUAUGGAUAUUGUUUUACUAAACUAUCAACUUAUUAAUUUCAAGGAGUAUUUGUUUGAAAAUACUAAAGCAACAGCAAUGUGAAACAAGAAUUUUUGCUAAUAGAUGAUUAUUGACUACAAUAGAAAGUUGAAAUGACUACAUAACAUUUUUUUUGCAAUUUGUUGAUGAUAUUGUCUUCUGUGUGAGAUUAUUAUAUUCUAUAUAUUCUAUAUCAUUAUUAUAAUCCCAGUAUUUUAGCUUUUUUAGAGUGUAUAUUAAUGAUUGUUUUUAACUUCAUAUUGAUUCCCUGUUUUUACAAGCCCAAAUAAAUGUAGUAUACUUUCUGUUGAUUUUAAUUUACCUUGAUGAGAUAAACCUUCAUUUAGUGUGAGGAUGGCAUAAUGAAGAUUAAAUGUUCCAGAAAUGACAGUGCUAAUAAAAACAUAUCAUUAAAAUAGGUUCUAUAGAAAACUGUACCAGUGGAAAUAAGCAUAUGCAAAUAGCAAUAUUGUGAAUUCCAAAAGGAAGGAGACAACAAGAUUAUUUUAAGCAAAUUAUGUCUCUAUUUUCACAUUGAGAUAAGAUAAUGCUUGAUCCCCCUGGUUCCUACAAUCCUUUUCCUCUCUAUUCCAGGAACACACAAGUCUUAACCAGCAAGCAGGGAGCCUUCAUGGAACCAAACUCCACCCUCUACAUAUAUGUAACA